UGGACAUUAUUCUUUGAUCUUCCGUGGCUAACUCAAUCGAGGACCAUGAAGAGUAGUUCGAGCCUCUACUCGAAAAUACUCGUGUGGGUAUUCUAUCUGUCCGCUAUUCUUCUUCUUCUCCUUCCGUCUAGGACCGCUGCCUUGGAGGAGAAUUGCACGGAUUUCCAAGGAGCGAUCGUUCGACACGGUCUCCUUUAUGUACCAGGACCUGCGGUUUGCAGUCUCUGCGUCUGUUAUCAUUCGGAACCAAUGUGGUGUCAAUCCAUCUUCUGCACACCACCUUACAGAUGCAAGAAGUUUCGGGUCGGCGAACGAUGCUGUGAAUUCGAAUGUCUGGACGAUAUUGAUACGAAUUGGACAGGACCUGAUUUGAUUAUUGCAAAUGGUUCCACCAGGAUUCAAGAACAAGGGAUACUCUGGCUGAUGGGUUUAAUAAUGCUGUUAAGAGCGUUCUAGUUUUUUAACGAGGAUCCAGAUGGCGUCAUCGAUGGAAUUCGACCAUUAUGAAAUGUCAACGGCAAAUAUGGACCAGUAAAGGAUUAAAGAAGGUACGAUAUAAUGUGAUGAUGAAACAUCGCGUUUGUACCUGUUGAUUAUACCUCGAGAAAUAGUGUGUUAUAAUUAUAAAAGUUUCUUGCAAAUUUUUUUCAUUGCUUUUUCAUUAUGGGUUCAUUAUAAAUUAUAAAUCAAAUGGAUUUCAAUCCGAUAGGCAAGAUUAAAUUAAAUUGAAUUGAUUUAACUUGCUUCUUUAUAAUAUUUAUCUAUUUUUAUACAGAUAGACAAUUGUUAUUUACUGUUGUAGUUUUUUUUAAAUAUUAUUAUUCUUUUAAUCUUAUUUAUAUUUUAUGAUGUUUUCAUUAGGAAAUAUGCAUAUAAUGAUAUAUGCAUACUUCCUAAUUUAAAUUUUUAUGAAUUAAAUGAAUUAUUUGUUAUUCAUCAUUGAUUAAAUGAAAAUGAAAAUAUAAGAAAUUGGAUAGUAUUAAAAGUAUGAAAAUAAUAAUAAUAAUUUAUUAUAUUUUUCUCCUUGUUAAUGGUAAUAAUAAUAAUAAUAGUUUACAAAAACUGUUGACAUAUGUAGGAUAAAACUCUAUUUUAAACAUGAAACAUGGCUAUUUUGUUUAUAAAUAUUUAAUGCAUAAUAAAUUAACAAUUUACAUAAAUUAAAUGAAAUGAUUAAAAAAAACUAUUGUAAAAUAAAAAAUAGAUUAAUUAUCACAAUUAUUUCUAUGCUUAGCAAACGAUUCAUAAAGUGAUAUAAAAACAAAUUAGUAAAUUAUAUUAUUUUUAAUAUCUCUUUUAUAAUCUCUUGCUUCAUAAUUUUCUUAAUAUUAUACUUAUAUAUUUCUCGAAUUCUUUCACUGCUAUUAUGAAUGAAAAACGAUACAACACACAUAUAUUUAUUUGAAUACAAUGUAUUUUCUACUUGAAUUAUUGAUUAUAAUCUACAAUAAAAAUUUACAUUACAAAGUAAAGAGUUAAAUAAAAUUAUAUAAAUUAUAAUAAAAAAA